AUGAGCAAUACUCCACUUCCAGCUGAAUAUGACGACACAAGGAUUCUUGGUUACGAUCCAUUGAUUCCACCAGUUGUGUUGCAGAAUGAAAUCAAGGCAUCAUCAAAGUCUUUGGAUGCUGUCAUCAGAGGACGUUUCGAAUCGUCUCAAAUUCUUAAAGGUACCGAUGACAGAUGUCUAGUUAUAGUUGGUCCAUGUUCUAUUCAUGACACCAAAGCUGCAUUAGAGUAUGCACACCGUUUAAAGAAGUUGAGUGAGGAGUUGAAGGAUGACUUAUGUAUUAUUAUGAGAGCUUACUUGGAAAAGCCAAGAACCACUGUCGGUUGGAAAGGAUUGAUUAACGAUCCUGAUGUCGACAACUCUUUUGAUAUCAACAGAGGAUUAAGGAUUUCUCGUCAAUUAUACGCUGAUUUAACUGAGGCCGGAUUGCCAAUUGGUUCCGAAAUGUUGGACACGAUAUCACCACAAUACUUCCUGGACUUUUUAAGUUUCGGUGCUAUUGGUGCUAGAACCACCGAAUCCCAGUUGCAUAGAGAGUUGGCAUCUGGCUUAAGCUUCCCUAUUGGUUUCAAAAACGGUACUGAUGGUGGCUUAGCUGUUGCUUUGGAUGCGGUACAAGCUUCAUCAAAAGGACAUCAUUUUAUGGGUGUGACUAAGAAUGGUACUGCUGCCAUCACCACCACCAAGGGUAACGACACCUGUUUUAUAAUUUUAAGAGGUGGUAAAAAGAUCACCAACUACGAUUCCGAAUCAGUAAAAGCAGCAGAGGAAGCUAUUAGCAAGUCCACUGAUCCAAGCAUCAAAUUGAUGGUUGACUGUUCUCAUGACAACUCAAAGAAGGACUACAGAAACCAGCCUCAAGUUUUGGACACAGUUGCAGAGCAAAUUAGCAAAGGUGAUGAAUCUUUGAUUGGUGUCAUGAUUGAAUCCCACAUUAACGAAGGAAAACAAGGAAUGCCACCAGCCGGUCAAAAUAAGGACGUAUUGAAGUACGGUGUCUCAAUCACUGAUGGAUGUGUUUCAUGGGAAACUACUGUUGACAUGUUGACCAAAUUGAGUAAAGCUGUUCAAGCCAGAAGAAGUUUGAAGCAAAAGGCAAACUAA